UUGAAUUUAUUGAAAACUACCCAAAUCCCUUCUAGAAGUUUUCUUGUGGUUGAUAAGGAACUAGGAUAUGAAUAAUCAUGAAUCCCUCUAGAUCAAUAAAGAUGCUUUCUAUCAGACCAUGAAUAUAACAAUACAUAUGUUAGACUAACCUUUAAGCCAGAUGAUUCAUGAUAAACAUGACUUAUAAUUUCAGAUGAUAAACAUCUCAGCACCUCAUCACCACCUUCUAUAUUUCCUAAUCACUCUUUCUUUACUCUCCCUAUAUCCAUUCCUUCAAACCCUCUUCAUCAUAAGACCUCUAUGAAACCCUACUCUCACCCAAAUAAAGCAUAAUUUCUACAGAACAACCUCUCCCACCAGACCAAUCACCCUAUCUCUUCCAUUCACAAAUCUCCAAAAUUCCCACCUAAAAUUCCCCAAAAUUACCACCCUAACCCCCUCAAAACCACUAAAAUAUUUCUGUUCUUCAAAAUUCAACUAUUUCUUCCUAAAUUUUUUAUUACAAAUCUAG